AUGGAUGGUUUUAGAAAACACCAUCACUCUUUGGAAGAAGCAGCACACCCUGCCCCAGCAAGUCCGCACCAUGAAGAGAAAGAAAGAAGCUCCAGUGAUUUCUCCACGUCGUUUAAGAGAUCGUGAGCUUUUGAAGAGAAAAAAAGAAGAGUCCCGGGAAAAAGAUACUUACUUUGAACAGAACCAGACCAGAAGUAAACGUCCUCGGCAAACCAGGGCCACUGGCGGCAGAAGAGGAAAGCAAGUUAAAGAACCUGAGCCACAGCUUGAACCUGAACCAACUAAUGAACCAGAUCACAAACAUGAGCAGGCCAUUGAACCACAGCAUGAACCUGAACCAAAUAUUGAACCAAAUCACGAAGACAAGCAAGCCACUGAACCACAUGGGUCUGAACUAGAGAAUGAACCAGAUCAUGAGCAGGUCACUGAAUGGCAGCAUGAAUUUGAGCCUGAAGAUAAGUUAGGAAUAGGGCAUGAUGUCCAGCAGGAAUUCAGCCAGCAAGAACCUCUAGAGCACCUAGAGCAUGAUGAAGAUCCAGUUGUAACAGUAACCGAAGAUGAAACUGCAGAGACAUAUGCUGUACAUGAAGAAGCUGAUGGACACUUUCAACACGAGAUCACCUCUUUAAUGACAGGUAAAGAAAAGGUGACUGAGGUGGAACCUGCGCCACUUAUUCAUCCACCUGAAGUUCUCAGAUUCCCUGAACAAGAGGAACAUCAAUACUACACUCCACUACUGUAG